AUGUGCCAACAAGUCGCUAUCAGCAACAACGACAAUAACAACAACAAAAUGAAGAACAGCUACAGCAUUAAGCAAGUCCUGAAGACGUUCUUCAAGAAGCAGCAAAAGCAACAACAACAGAAACAGCACCGUCAGAACUCAUUGGAAUCGCUCGAAUCGGUGGACAAUCUGCGCAAUGCCGAGGUCGAGGAAGUCUACUAUGCCGAAAUCGACGAGAAUGCAGCCAACGAGAAGCUCGCCCAAUUGGUGCAACACCAAGAGCAAGAGCUUGACACCGAGGAGGACAUCUAUGUGCCCGUACGCUUUGCACGCACCGAGGCCGGCACCUUCUUCUGGACUACCAAUCUGCAGCCGGUUGCCAGCGUCGAUGCUGAUCUGCUGCAGCCCGCCUACUGCUACUCCAGCCAACAGCAUCCGUUCAUGCAGUACCAGGAUCGUUGGGCACAGGCUUAA